AUGUCAACAUUAACGAUGACAACAACGCUAAUACCAUUUUCUUCUACAAUAUCAAUUGCACUUAUAGAUGUUUUUCGAAAUGAUGUAUUAUGGGCAUUAAUAAUGGGUAUAAUUUUGGCUUUUGUUCUUGGCUUUGCAAUGGGCGCAAAUGACGUUGCAAAUGCAUUUGGUACAUCAGUUGGUAGCAAAGUAUUAACUUUACGACAAGCUUAUAUUCUUGCAGUAAUUUUUGAAACACUUGGAGCAUUACUUAUUGGUUAUAAUGUAACGGAUACGGUACGUAAAGGUGUUAUUGAUUUAACUUUAUAUGAAAAGCAACCAAAAGAAAUUUUUGUUGGACAAAUUGCUAUUCUUGGAGGUUGUUCAUUAUGGUUACUAAUUGCUACACUUGCUCGUUUACCUGUAUCAUCAACGCAUAGUAUUACUGGAGCAACCGUAGGAUUUGGUUUGAUGACAAGAGGUAUUAUUGGAAUACAAUGGCGGAAAAUUAUUCAUAUCGUUGCUUCAUGGUUUAUGUCACCGAUAUUGUCUGGUGUUGUAUCAGCUAUUCUCUACAUUAUUCUUGAUCAUUCUGUUCUCAGACGGAAAAAUCCAUUUCGCUGUGGAUUGAGAGCUUUGCCAAUAUUUUAUUGGCUUUGUAUUGCAUUUAAUGUUUUCACAGUCAGUUAUCAAGGAUCUAAAUUGCUUCACUUAUCAAAAUUACCAAUGUGGAUAUGCGCAUUGGUGAGUGUUGGAUGUGCAACAAUUGGCGCUAUUGUCAUUCAUUUUUUUCUCUCACCAAAACUGAAAAUUUGGAUAAACAACUCACUUAGUAGUAGUAGUAGAGAGAGAGAAGAUUCAUUUGAAGUGCAAACGAUAAGUGGCGCAACUGAAUCGCAAGAUAAUAUCUUACAUCAAAAAUGUCAAACAUCAAAAGCUGAAACUGUUAGCGGUUUAUCCGUCAACGAAGGUAACAAAACGGUAGAUUGUGAUGCAAAGAAAAACGGAAAAGAAAUACUUCGAUCACAGUUAACUGAUAAUACAAUGAAAUUUGUUCGAUGGAUAUUACCGGUUGAUAAUCGGAUAACGGAUGAUAGAACAAUGAAAAUAUUCAGUUCAAUACAAGCUUUUACGGCAUGUUUUGCCGGAUUUGCGCAUGGCGCUAAUGAUGUCGGGAAUGCAAUAGCUCCAUUAACAGCACUGAUAUCAAUUUAUUCUAAUUUAGACGUACGACAACGUAAUGAAACGCCAAUUUACGUAUUACUUUAUGGUGUGCUUGCGAUCUGUGUUGGUCUUGUGAUACUUGGACAUCGAGUAAUACGGACUAUCGGUACUGAUAUGUCUACGAUUAAUGCUGCAAGUGGUUUUACAAUUGAAUUUGGUGCAGCAGUAACUUCACUAACUGCUAGUAAACUUGGCUUACCGAUUAGUACAACGCAUUCAUUGGUUGGAAGUGUAAUAUUUGUUGGAAUGAUUCGUGCUAGAAAAGGUGUCCAGUGGUCAGUAUUUAGAAAUAUUGCUUUAUCAUGGAUAUUAACUUUACCAAUUUCAGGUCUUAUAACAAUGGGUUUAAUGUUAAUUCUAAAAUUUUCACUCUGA